CACCAAAUUGAGUUUUAGACAAUUGUCACAUGUUUCAAGGGCUCCCCUUUAAAUUCUGAAGUGUGGAGUAAGGUUUCACAUUGCUGUCAGCUCAACACACUGGAGGAACCUUUACAUUUUUCUCUUUUGCUUCUUAAGGUACAUAGUACUGAGUAUGUCUGACACAGAGGAGGUGAUGGCGGAGUACGAGGAGCAAGAGGGGGAAGAGAUUUGUGAUGAAGAGGAGGAGGAAGAGGUAGCAGAGGAGGAGGAGGAAGAGGUUGUGGAGGAAACUGAAGAAGAGGAGCAUGUAAAAGUAGUUGAAGAGGACUCAAAACCCAAACCAAAACUGAUUCUGACUAACCUUGCGCCACCCAAGCUUCCUGACGGUGAAAAAGUGGACUUUGAUGGCUUUCAGAGGAAGCGAAUGGGGAAGGAUCUGAAUGAGCUGCAGUCAUUGAUCGAGCUUCACUUUGAAAGCCGCCAAAAAGAGGAGGAGGAACUGACAGCACUGAAAAUGAGAAUCGAGAACCGCCGAUCGGACAGAGCUGAACAACAACGUAUCCAUACAGAGAGGGAAAAGGAACGCCAGGCAAGAUUGAUGGAGGAGAGAGUCAGGAAGGAGGAGGAGGACGCAAAGAGGAAAGCUGAGGAAGAUGCCAAGAAAAAGAAGGCUUUCUCCAACCUGUCCUUCGGGGGAUACCUGCAAAAAGUGGAAAAGAGGACCGGAAAGAAACAAACUGAGAGGGAAAAGAAAAAAAAGAUCCUCAACGACCGACGCAAACCUCUCAAUAUCGACCAUCUGAGCAAAGAAAAACUAAUAGAGAAAGCUAAGGAGCUGUGGCAGUGGAUGUACCAGCUGCAGAUAGAGAAGUUUGAUGAACAAGAAAAGUUGAAGAAACAAAAAUAUGAUAUUCAUGUUCUGAGAAAUCGAGUCAGUGACCACCAGAAGGCAAAAAAUACCAAAGGGUCCCGCGGGGCGAAAGGUAAAGUGGGCGGCCAGUGGAAGUAAACAUGCUUGGAGAUCCAUAAUGUUCCAUGGUGGAGCCAGAAGCAUACCACUGCUGUCAAGCAACAAAGAAGAGGUUCAGAGACCAUUCAAAUUCCAAUGUCCUUUGUGAAACUGGUAUCGAGAUUUCAGCCUUUAUAAUAUGAUAAGAAACCAGCCAUUUAAAAACAAUUGAUGGUGUAUACAUAACCUGAAGUCAUAGUCUGUACAGAAAAAAACAACAUUUGUAACAAAAUGCCUGCAUUAAGUGUAAAAAAUGCAGUAAAAAAAUGGUUUCUUAUGCUGUCCAAUUGCUAUCAUUUGUGUUUGCAUACUUUAUAAAAAGGUUAUUAACUUAAACUGAAUUGUCUUGUCAUUUUAUCAUUUAUAUUACGUUUUAUAUUAUAUAACAUUUAGUUUAGAAACAGUUUAAUAUAAUGUAUGUGUCCUAUCAUGUAUGUUCUGUAUGGUUCUCAUUAGUUUUUUUUUCUGCUUAUAUUGCCAUUUACGUUGCUUACAAACUAUUUUUAGCAAAAAAAAAAAAAAAAAAAAAAAAAAAACCUUCUAAAAAGACUCCUUAAAAUUGAUGGUUAGCCCCAUAGGAAUGUUUAUAGAAGUAAUUUCUUCUGGAAUAGUCAGUAUGGUAAAUAGAGAUGUAUGAACACUUAUAAUAGGAUAUUAAACAGGUAAAAUGUAAUAUUUAGAAAAUAUAGAUUUAACAGUUUUAUUUUUUCAUGUCACAUGUAAAGUUUCCCGUUAUUUGAAAUUCAUUAAAAUGAUUCUCAUGUUGCAUUGUUGCUAUAGUACAGGUGGGUAACAGGACUCUCGUAUGGCAGUAAACAGCCAGGCAUCAGCCCAGAGGAGUAUUAAAUGACAGGAAUCAACAAAACAACAGGCAUAGCACUGAGAAUACUAACAUGUGGCAGCCCAGUAUGGUACUGAACAGCAUGGGCUCAGGGGAUGCUGCUUCAAUGUGCCUAGUAGUAAUUUCAGAGCAAGCCUAGCCACCUGCGACACUGUAACCCUGUCCCAACCAACGUAAGCUCUGACCCGUGAGCGGUUUGCUUCGCUGCCCGCCUAAACACAAAAGAAUUAAAAAUCAGUCAAACACAUAUCUAGUUGUGAUUCCUGUUGUUUUUACAACAGAUUCGCACAGGACUAAAAAUCAUCACAUAAACAGGAGGUUUUGGUAUUUUGACAGACAUCGGUGAAAGUGAGACCUGUGCAAAUCGGGCUUUAGAUUGCACAUAGUUAUUGGUACUUGAGAUGAAAAGGUUGAAAACCAUUGCUUUAAAGAGAGUAGGACAAAUGAAAAAAAUUGAUUCUUUUUUUUAGUUCUUUUUUCCUUUCCCCAUUUUUAUUCCAGAUAAUUUUGUCAGAGGCCCUCUGAUUAUUUUACAGGACAUCAGGACCUUCUGUAAAAUUUAAAACUCUGGCGUCCUGUGUCUUUUUACUCCCAUACGAAUUGACCAUGUCAGUGUCAUGUUAGAAUUGGUAUAGCAUUUCCCGGGUAUUUGCCUCAAAGCAAUACCAGCCUUCACAAUAAACCAUAAUAUAAUAUUAAAAUUGGUACAAUCUGUCCUGAGAUUCUACAGUUCAGUAAAACACAACGAUUGGCCAUAACCAAACUGGGGACGGGCAAAAAUACAAAACAUAAUUGGCAACUUAAAAAACUAAUGCUUUUAACUGUGCAUUUGAAGAUAUGUAUGGAAAUACAUAUCACCCAAAGGACAAAAUGGUUACUGUAGCCUUUGGAAAAGAAGGUACAACAAAAUUAGUUAUUUCAACCCGGGUAGUGUUAUUUUCAGGUUUGUGGAUAACAAGUGGUAUGCAGCGCACUGCCCUGCUCGCGUAUGCCUAAAAAAUGUAUAAACAGCUU